CACAAGUUCUGUGACAAAACAUUCAACCACACACCGUUAUUUCUCCAUCACUCUCCCUCCCUUUCUUUCUCUCCGGAGUCUCCGGUGGCCAUGGGGGCACGGUGUCGUUUCGAGCCGAUUUCGAGAUGCAGCACGGAGGGACGAUCAAACCAGACGGUGGCUGCAGACCUCGACGGUACCCUCCUCGUGUCCCGAAGCGCUUUCCCUUAUUUCAUGCUCGUUGCUCUUGAAGCCGGUAGUCUUCUAAGAGCACUAGUACUACUAGUAUCCGUACCAUUCGUGUAUUUCAUCUACCUGUUCAUAUCGGAGUCCGUAGCGAUCAACACCUUCAUCUUCAUUUCUUUCGCCGGUCUAAGGCUGAGGGACAUUGAGAUGGUUGCCAGGUCCGUCUUGCCCAAGUUUUACGCAGAAGACGUUCACCCGCAGACUUGGAAAGUGUUCAACUCGUUCGGCAAGCGAUACAUCAUUACAGCCAACCCCAGAGUUCUUGUGGAGCCUUUCGUCAAGAACUUUCUUGGUGCCGAUAAGGUUCUCGGGACAGAGUUGGAAGUGACCAGGUCCGGGAGGGCUACUGGUUUUGUCCAAAAACCAGGUGUUCUUGUCAGUGAACACAAAAGAGAUGCCAUUAUCAAGGAGUUCGGCGAGGACUUACCGGAUGUGGGUCUCGGAGAUAGAGAAACUGACCAUGACUUCAUGUCCAUUUGCAAGGAAGGGUACAUGGUUCCAAGGACAAAAUGUGAGCCUUUGCCAAGAAACAAGCUUUUGAGCCCGGUUAUAUUUCAAGAAGGUCGUUUGGUACAAAGACCUACUCCUUUGGUUGCCUUGCUGACCUUUUUAUGGAUGCCAAUUGGUAUAAUUCUGUCCAUAUUAAGAGUAUACACCAACAUUGUAUUGCCUGAGAGAAUUGCUAGAUACAACUAUAAGCUUCUGGGGAUCAAGCUGACCGUUAAGGGCAACCCUCCACCGCCACCUAGAAAGGGCCACCCUGGGGUUCUAUUUAUCUGCAACCAUCGUACAGUUUUAGACCCUGUUGUGACAGCAGUGGCACUAGGAAGAAAAAUUAGUUGUGUGACAUACAGCAUUAGCAAAUUUUCCGAACUAAUUUCUCCGAUCAAGGCGGUGGCAUUGACGAGGGAAAGAGAGAAAGACGCCGAGAACAUUAAGGCUUUGCUCGAGGAAGGUGACCUUGUGAUUUGCCCUGAAGGAACUACUUGCAGAGAGCCAUUUCUGCUGAGGUUCAGUGCACUCUUUGCUGAGCUUACUGAUAGGAUUGUUCCUAUCGCAAUUAACACUAAGCAAAGUGUAUAUUACGGGACAACAGUCCGUGGACACAAAUGGAUGGAUCCUUAUUUUGUGUUCAUGAAUCCAAUGCCAACAUAUGAGAUCACGUUUUUAAAUCAGCUACCGAUGGAACUCACUUGCAAAGGUGGGAAAUCGCCGUAUGAAGUGGCGAAUUACAUUCAGAGGGUAUUGGCCGGAACUUUGGGGUUUGAGUGCACAAAUUUGACUAGGAAGGAUAAGUAUUCAGCGAUUGCCGGAACAGAUGGUAGGGUUAAUUCAAUCAAAAAGGAGAAGGAAAAGGAAUAGCCCUAGCUAAGGAGAGCUUGAGUUACCCCCGAUGAUGAUAUUAAUCAUCAAAUUUAAUCUACCUAUUGUUUUCCAGUAUCUUCUAAACUUUUCUCAUAAUAAUGAAACUGAUUGAUUAUUACAGUUAUUAUAAGAGAAAUUACUCCUAAUGUACACAUUAGCUUCUGUAUUCCCAUAUAGUUCGUUGCAACCAUCUCGAUCUGAUCUCUUCCGGCUUGUCCGAGUUCACUUUUUAAUUUGUAUUUCAACAUGAAUGACAAAUAGAUGAAACAUUU